AUAUAAAAUAUAUAAAUUAGAUGUACAUACGUUUUUGUUUAGAUUCUGAGUAACGGCAUAGGCUUAUGAUUGUAUUUUGGGCACUUCCUUGUUGAAAGACAAUCUCUUUUUUCUUGUUUGCCACCUUUUAAACGUCUUUUCUCCUUUCUCUCUUUUAUCUUCUCAAUUCAGCUAUGUCUGCCACCCCUGGAAGUUUCUUCUUAUGCGAAAACCACCCAUUUCCACCACCUUCUAACAACAAUUCAGGCAGUGGUGGUGCCAAUGGAAGCGAAGACAACAACCAACAUGAAAAGCAACCUCUGCAAGACUCCACCAACAACAAGAGAGGGGGCGAAUCGGAUCAUGAAAUGCAUAUAUGGACCGAAAGAGAGAGGAGGAAGAAGAUGAGGAACAUGUUCUCCAACCUCCAUGCCUUGCUUCCUCAUCUAUCUCCUAAGGCUGACAAAUCGACCAUAGUCGACGAAGCAGUGAAGCACAUACAAACCCUAGAGAAAACCCUCCAAAAGCUGCAAAAACAGAAGCUAGACAGACUCCAAGAAGGACCCAAUCCCAUUGAUUUGGGUCACCAGGAUACAACCAGGGAAGCAUUCAUGGCGGAUCAAGUAUUAUCUGGAAACGAUGCUGCAGCCAAGGAUUUAAUAAUAAAAUCCAAUUCUGUUAUGGUCGCUCAACCCCGUUUGCAGUUUCAAACAUGGACCUCCUCCAACGUGGUGUUGAACAUCUGCGGCAAGGAAGCACAGAUAAGCGUGUGUUCCCCCAAGAAACUAGGGUUGUUCACCACUGUUUGCUGCAUCUUGGAGAAGCACCACUUGGAGGUCAUAUCUGCCCAUGUUUCCUCCCAAUCUAAUCGUUCCAUCUUCAUGAUUCAAGCUCAUCAGGUGGGAAGUAGUGGAGCUUAUAAUCAUCAGGUGUCAGAAGUGGACGAAAUAUUCAAACAAGCUGCAGCUGAGAUCAUGUUCUGCCUCACCUCUUGAUUAUAUGCCCUCUUUUACAUGCAUUUAUAGAUAAAUAUCUCACAGUUUUUCUGUAAAAGCUCCCAUAUAUGUAUGUAUGUAUGUAUAUAUAUGAGUAAAAAGCUCUUUUUUUCUGCA